UUAUCAUUAAUUAAAAAAUAUAUUGCAAAAAGAGAAAAAAAAAAGAAAAUGAAACGAUGAAAAUGGCCAAAUUAUGCCAACAUAUUAGCAUCAGUUAGAAUUAUAUUCGGCUUCUAUUGUUCUUGAAUACGAAUCCAAAAAUCGAACAAAGAAUAAGUGAAGAAGUUUAUGUAUUAGGUCGAACCGUAGAUGCCUACAAAUUAAUUACAUUCGUAUAUACGUGAGCAUAUUUUCUAAAUUUUAAUAAAUAAAUGCUUCUUUAAACAAAUCAAUCUGAAACGAUUCAUUGCGUAGAGAUUCCUAAUAUUAAGGAAAUGGAUAGCGUAAUUUAGAUGCUUCUCUCUUUUUUAACAAUAGGUAAAGAUAAUUCUUUUCGGCACUUUUAAGUCUUCAUAUAUGACCGGUUUGGAGUAUAUUGAAUUUGUCAUGCAACUUGCAGCACUUACAAAGAAAAACAUGUGAACAAUGUUUCAAAGGAAACAUUAUCGGAAACACGUAUUCAUUUAAAUGGGAUGCUUUGUAAUAUCAGAACGAAGAAAAGAUUUACUUUUUUUACAUCUAUCAUUUAGGCGACAUUGAAGCAAGAGUGGUUUGGGAAAUUUCAUUCCAGAAGUCUCAAUCUGGGCCAGUAGAGCAAUUGAUACCGAUCAAAAAAUAUAGCUUUACUCGACUUCAAACAACUGCCGAUAUCCGAUAAGUCAUUAACUUUUUCUUUUGCAUUAUUUCCAUUUUCGCCGCUUUUCGAAUUUAUGUACAAAGAAAAUCAGUAGAUUCCACUUUCACUUUACGUACCAUCUAUGGUGAAGCCCAUUACCGUAAAUGUCUCUCUUAUCGCAUAUAUUGAUAUAUAAAUAAAUAUGUAUCUAGAACUUUUAAGAUCGUAAAACGCUAGGAGCAAGGAGAUAUGAAAACUUUCUUCUCUUAUGGCCGUUUUGCUAAAAACUCCUCAAAUUAUAAUAUAGAGUUGUUCACUGCUUCAAUGGUAGGCAUUUUUGGAUGCGUACAACAUUAUGACGCUCGGUAAGCGUUCGGAAAAAGCCAAUGCAAUUAAUAAAAAAACGGAUCAACAGUAUGUGAAUCCAACAUUUGAACAGGAUAGCGUACUGCAACAUAAACACGGUGUUAAUAUAAUGAACGCCACUCAGGGCUUCAACUGCAAGGAAGACGGACCCAGGUCGUCCGGUGAUACGACAUAUUGUGUGCAUAACAAUAGUACUAAUACACAUCGAAAGGAUCACAGGCGUCAAGAGUCAAUGUACCAAAUGACAGGUCUCUACUCGGAAACGAACAGUGGUGAUGACAGCAGUAUUGAUAUAGCACAAGAUAAUCAUAGGCCAGAGGCCAUUAGUAGUACUGCCAAAACAACAGCCAUUGUUCUCGCGAACAAUACCCGCAAUCUACAAACAAAAGCUUCCUCCUGUUCCAGUGACACCGUUAUUAAAUGUCAUAGUCGUCAAUCUUCGGCUGUCUUGUGCAGCAGCAAUGCACUUCACAAUCAUAGUAAUUUGCAUGGUCCAUAUGCGACUGCGGCAGCGACAACUAGCAAUAAUAAUAACGCCUGUGGCCUCAAUAACGAUGACAAUGAUUUGCAGUCACAAGAUUGCGGCAUUUUGGGAUGUCGACCGCGCGGCAUACAAAAAUAUGCUCGCAUUAAGAUAUUUGUGCUGUUACUGUCUAUGUUGGUCACUUUGCAGCAGGCACUUAGUUCAGGAUACAUCAAUUCAGUAAUAACGACAAUUGAGAAACGCUUUGAAAUACCCUCAAGUUAUUCGGGACUGAUAGCUUCCAGCUAUGAAAUUGGAAAUGUGAUAACCGUAAUAUUUGUUAGUUAUUUAGGAAGUAGGCGCCAUAUUCCGGUUUGGAUUGGAAUUGGCGCUGUUAUUAUGGGCGUAGGCUCGUUAAUUUUUAUGGUGCCCCAUUUUACGGGCGAACUGAAUCCUGGAGUUACCAUUAUCAACGAGACUAGUGACAAUAUUUGUCGUAGUGCUUUGAUUCGUAACCAAGAUAUGGAUUUAGGGAGAUUAUCGAGUGGUUUGUCAAAUCCACCUCUGGCGCCGCACACUUUGCGUGAAGAUAAUUGCUUGGAGGUGAAGUUGUCAACAUUUGGCCCUGUGCUACUUUUUGUAAUUGCUCAGCUGCUGCUAGGAUGCGGCGGUAGUCCAUUAUUUACGUUAGGUACAACAUAUGUCGAUGACCAUGUAAAAACGGAAAGCUCUUCCAUGUACAUAGGUUGUAUGUAUAGUAUGGCUGCUUUUGGUCCUGUCGUCGGCUUCUUAUUAGGCGCCUAUUUAUUAUCCUUUCACAUGGAUUCGUUGUCGUCAUCUAUCAUUUCCAUUGAUCCAGGCGAUAGGCGAUGGGUAGGCAUGUGGUGGGGUGGUUUUUUACUAUGUGGUGUCAUGCUAUUAAUUGUGGCGAUACCAUUCUUCUCAUUCCCUAAAGUACUUACACAUGAAAAGAAAAAAAUACGAAAAACUUCCGUACUGGUACAGCCAGCUAUCCCGAAUAAUUCAAAUAGUUUGCCUAGAAAUACUGAUGAAAUGGGUAAAAUCCGAAAAGAAAUUGUGGCUGUCACUGCUAAAGAGGAAACUGAGAAGCCGAUAAUUGACACAGGAUACGGAAAGGAUAUCAAAGACAUACCGCAAUCAAUGUUACGUUUGGUCACUAAUCCCGUGUAUAUUGUUACCUGUUUGGGUGCAUGCAUGGAAUUGAUGAUUGUAUCGGGAUUCGUCGUCUUUCUACCAAAAUAUUUGGAAACUCAAUUCAGUUUAGGCAAAAGUCAGGCAAGCGUGUUUACCGGUUCCAUUGCCAUACCUGGAGCUUGCAUUGGCAUUUUUAUUGGUGGUUGCAUAUUAAAACGAUUUCAAUUGAAACCAAAAGGUGCAGUGACUUUUGUACUGGUCUCGAAUAUCGUCUGUUUGGGCUGUUACGCUUUGCUCUUCUUUCUGGGAUGCGAUAACUUAAAGAUGGCCGGCACAACUAUACCGUAUUAUAAUAAUACUAAGCAUGCUUCAAUUGAACCAUUUCAAGUUAAUCUAACGGCGGCAUGUAAUUUCGGAUGCGAAUGCCUAACCAGUGAUGUGGAACCUGUAUGCGGCAAUAACGGUUUAACCUAUUUUAGUCCAUGUCAUGCUGGUUGCACAGCAUUCUCUUCAAGUUCGAAUUACACUAAUUGUGCCUGUGUUCAUGCGAAUACAUCCAGUAGCAUAUUUCGUGGCACUCGCACUGGCGGUAGUCAAGCACAAGCCUUAAAUGUUAACGGACAUUUUGAUGAAGUCACAGUUGUUCCUGUUGCCACUGCCGGUCCCUGUACCACACCUUGCCGAACGAUUUAUCCAUUUCUUAUAUUAUUAUUUUUUAUGACCUUCAUAGUGGCAGCUACACAAAUGCCUUUACUGAUGAUUGUUUUGCGUUCUGUUUCCGAAGAAGAACGUUCUUUUGCAUUGGGUAUGCAAUUCGUGAUAUUUCGAUUAUUCGGCUAUAUUCCAGCACCUAUUUUAUUCGGUAAUCUAAUCGAUUCUACAUGUUUGUUAUGGAAAUCUACAUGCGGUGAGAAAGGUGGGCGUUGCUUAAUAUACGACAUUGAAAAAUUCAGAUACAAAUAUGUAGGUUUAUGUGCUUCAGUAAAAAUUAUCGCAUUAGGGAUAUUCAUUGUCGAUUGGUGGUUGGUGCGCAGACGUAGACAUUUGGAUAAAACGAAGCCUCUAAAUACCCAUGAUCCUGUAAUUGGCUCCAUUAUUAGUCUCGAUAAGCUAUUUGAUGAAAAAAUUUAUGGUCCAGAGACGAGUCUUAAUUAUGAGAAUGAUGAUGACUUGGCACAUAAAGAGGAGACAUUCCGUCAUUCGCGAAAUGAUUCACGUACAAUACAAUUAGAAUAUGGUUACGACAAAUGCAAUAAUACUAUAGUGGUGACACCGUCUUCAACCGUACAAACAAAAUCGAAAAAACAUUUCCGCAGUGCAUCGUGUGACGUGAAAAUGAUACGUAGCUUCGCUAAGGAUCAUAACACUAAUGUGGCUAAUAUGGAUGUUGGGGAAUCAUCGAAAUUUCGCAAUCUUAAGAAAAUACAUAUGCAUUCACGGAAUAACUCAAGCGAUCUUAACGCUGAAUUCCGCACAAAGCUAUUAGCCCAAAGUAAUUCGAUAUCACGAGAUGAUCCUGCCUUAAGUAUACGCUAUAUUCAAAAUCAAUUAAAGCCGCAAGCAGAUGAGGAGGACGAAGAUGAACUCACCACUGGUUGCGGUCAUUUUGUGCGCAAGCAUUCACGCAAUCAUUCUUACGAUCAAAUUUAUAUGCCCAAUAAUAUACGUUUCGAUCCCGAGUUCCUACGCGGUCACAAUAAGAAAAAUGUCAAUUUGCUCAAAAAUGUAGUGGAGGGCAAGCAGAAAAACUCCAAUGAAACAACCGAGGCCGUAUCGCGAGGCCAUUCACGCAACAAUUCAAAAGACUUAAACACGAAGGUUUCUCUUAGCACAGCAGGUAGUAAUAAUGCGAUAGCAAUUACGCCCACAGCCGCGCUUCCUGUUAUAACGACGGCAACACCGGAAAGCACUUUAAGCAUUUUGCGGCACCGUCGCACCAACUCCAAAGAACUCAAUCAUAUCUUAAAUUCCCCAAUAGCAGGGUGUAAUAAUGAACAUCAGGUACAAGUGCCCUCAAUUUCCAGUAGCAAUGGCACCGUUACCGGUUAUUCAAUUAAUCAUAAGAAGCACUCACGCAAUUCGUCGCAUCAGAAGAUACAGAUCGAUGAUGAUCGCAGUGGUCUUAUCGAUAAUAUUGGAACUGAUGGCAUCGACAAUGGUGCUAAUGAUGAUGACGAUGAUGAUGAUGAUGAUGGUGAUGAUGAUAGCAAUGAAGAAAAUAAGAAAAUCGGCAAACUAUAAAGAAGAUACGCAUUACGAAAUUCUAAUAACAUCAUAAUAGAAGAAGAGGAUGGGAAAUUAUGCCGCAUAUAAUGCAGGCCUUAUAUUUCCAUAAACUUUAAUAAAAUUAAGCUCAUAUCCAUGCAUAUAAACACGAAACAAAAAGCGUUUCUCAAGUACGUUUAAAAAAAUUUCAAUCAUUUUUGUACUUAAGCAUAUACAUAGAUCUAUCAGCAGAUAUUUCUCGAUAUUCAAUAUAUAAGUUCAUCUAUAUAAAUAUUUAAAAAGUUGAAAUAUUUCUCCCCAAUAAUAUUUUGAACAUUUGCGCGUUAAUCGAAUGAUAUCUGACUGAAUUGUUGCUCACUUUCAUUAUUCAUGAAAUCAAUCAGUGAAUGAAUCAAUCAAUUAAUGGCAAUUAUUUGACUUACGGAGGAGCUUCUUUAGCUUCUUUUAGUUUCUUACUACUUUCGCUAUAAUUUUUUACAUUUUCAAAAUUGCCAUUAGUCAACCAUAAUAAUGACAAAAGCACGGGAAGUCCUUUACAUUUAUCUUAAUGUUAACUUCCAAGUGCUUAAGACAAUGGCGUUGGAAAGCUGGAAAUAAAAUCGAUUAGGAGGGAAAAGUUCCCUCCAAUUUUAUGGCGUUUCUUUAAAGACUUUCUUAACUUAUAUGCAAAUUGUGAAAUAAGGCUAUGAAGAAAUAAACAAAAAAUAUAAUGAAUCAGAGAUGAGAGAAACGGAUAUAAGGAAAUUUCAUACAAUUUUUCCUUGGAAUAACGUUUGCUUCAAUCCCAAUCAUUUCUAGCAUAAGCAAAUCUCAAUGACAUUAAAGCAGGGUUAACGAUAGCAAUAAAUUUGCUGUCUUUUAAAGGGAAAGGGGUUAUAAUGUUCACUCCCGGUCACUCGCUCUUGACGAUUUACUAUAUAUUAUCUCUUGCGUGGAACAUUGUUUGCUAAAUAAGUAAUCAAAACCUAUUGGCCGUAAGUCAAUGCUUAAGAGAAAUAUUUUCAAGGAUACCUUGCCGCCUUGAUAUCAAAAUGCCUUCAAUAUAGCCUUAUCUAUGAUUGAAACCUAUUUAGCUACCCAUAGAUUAAACUUACUUGGGUAAGUUGAUUGAUACGUUUAUCAGACGAAAGUCUGCUUUUUGACGAAGAACACUCAUUACAGAGAGCUUUCAAAUGUUUUCCAUAUAAUAUUAUAACUUCUAGCUGCCCAUAAUUUAAUGUAUCUGAUAUGAAGAUAUAUAUAAUUAAAAAGAAAAAGAAAAAAAAAAAACAAAAAAACAAAAAUGAUUUGAUACAAAUAACCUUAACCUUUGGCGGCUGCCCAAGGUAUGUCCGGAAGUUUUCAAUAUUAAACGUCUGCAUAUUUCCAAAUGGAAUUCCUCUAGCUGGCCGUAGAUAGAGUAAAAGUAAGUUCUUUUGCCAAUAGUCCAGUGCUUUUGUAGCAUUUGUAGCAGCGAUAAAAGUGGCUGUGUAUGUAAAUCAAGUUUUUUUUUUUUUUUUUUUCUGUUUUUUUUUAACGUAUUUUUAUAGAUAAUAUAGUCCAAUGUCCAAUAAGUCCCAAUAGAUACGUCCAUUUUUUAUAUGGUAAAUAAAUUAAAUGAGAAUUCGAUAAUCAUUUAUUUCAAUCAUUCUUACGAUAGAUUUAGAGUGCGUUCGUUUAUAUUUUACUUAAUAUUAAUUAAAUUAAAAAACGUUUCAAGUAGAUUUUGAUUCCGGAUUUUACAAAGAGGGAUGAAUCUUUAAAGCUACAAAUUUGAUUAUAUUUUAUGAAAAAUUGUUAUGAAAGCAUACAUACAGUGCUGUUGUAUACGUGAUGAAAGACGAUGUGUAUAUGUAUGUGAUUAUAAUUUAUUGAAAAUAUCGUAUAAGAGUUUAAGAUUUUAUUAUUAAGUUGAAUUUUGAAGUAAUGGAAAAAUCUGUAUAAGAAUUCAAUUAAAUGCAUUUUGCAUACUACAGAUACACUAUUGUACAAAAUAUGUAAUGAUUUUUAAUAGUUUUACUUUGACAACUUGUGGGUAUUCAUUACAUUCAGAAGGGAAGAAGAAAAACAAAAAAAAAAAAAAAA